CCGCUUCUCACUUGUUGAUAUCAUUACCUUUCUCCUGCUUAUCUCUCUUCUUCCCUUCCCUAAUCCAUUCGCCUGGUCCCAGCGUCCUCUACUCUACUCGUACUCGUACAGUAGCACAAACUCACAAACAAUCCACUCCACUCCCACUCCUACUCCUACAAUUUACUACCCCGCAGUCAUCACUCACCCAAACCCACUACUCACUCAGUCAUCCAACUGCGCCCCCAACCCCUGCGGCUGAUCCAGAAACAUUCGAUCCCAACACCGCACUCACUCGAGCCUUGUCACCCAUUCCCACGCACCUCUUGUGUGUUCUCGAGGGUUUUGCGGUGUUCUUGUCUCCCUCAGCUUGCUCUUCUGGAGACUUCCACGACAGGAUUCACUCGAUACACACCUGAUUUCCCCGUUGGUUUAACCUCGAGCCAUCACAGUCAUGAGUUUUGGCGCAAGUUUCUUGAACAAGCUCCAGGGCCAACCCGACAGCUACGAUAAAAAGUCUCAAUAUCGAUUCGGGAGGACACUAGGAGCUGGAACAUAUGGCAUUGUUCGAGAGGCCGAGUACGGCGGCGAGAAAUGCGCGGUCAAGAUUAUUCUCAAGAAGAGCGUCAAGGGUAAUGAACAGAUGGUCUAUGAUGAAUUGAAGAUGCUCCAAGAGUUGAAUCAUCCACAUAUUGUCAAGUUCCAAGAUUGGUUUGAGUCAAGGGACAAGUUCUACAUUGUCACACAGCUGGCCACCGGUGGAGAGUUGUUCGAUCGGAUUUGUGAUAAGGGCAAGUUCACCGAAAAGGAUGCCUCUCAGACAAUCAAACAAGUCCUCGAGGCUGUCGACUAUUUACAUCACAAGAACGUCGUCCACCGAGAUUUGAAACCCGAGAACCUCCUCUACCUCACCAAAGCCCAAGAUUCCCAAUUGGUGCUCGCCGAUUUUGGUAUCGCAAAGACCCUUGACAGUCCAGGUGCAGUCUUGACCUCGAUGGCCGGCUCGUUUGGAUACGCUGCACCCGAAGUCAUGCUCCGACAAGGCCAUGGCAAAGCAGUCGACAUGUGGUCUUUGGGUGUCAUCACCUACACUCUUCUCUGUGGCUACUCUCCAUUCCGUUCUGAAAACCUAGCCGACCUGGUAGAGGAAUGCAAGAGUGGACGAAUCAUCUUCCAUGAGCGAUACUGGAAAGACGUGAGCAAAGAUGCCAAAGAAUUCAUCCUCACCCUUCUGCAGCCCGACCCGAAACAACGCGCAACGAGUACAGCUGCACUCAAGCACAUCUGGUUGACCGGAGAGACAGCCAGCGAUCACGAUCUCUUGCCAGAAAUCCGGGCAUAUUUGGCAAAGGCCAAGUUGAAGCGUGGUAUCGAGUUGGUCAAGCUAGCAAAUCGCAUCGAAUCCUUGAAGCUUCAAGCCGAAGACGAACCCAACUCUCCCGACGCUAACGACAUUCCAUCCAACGCUCAAAAUGCCGCUGGUCUCGCCGUCCAGAAUCAAACUCGAGGCGUUUCUCCUGGCCGAGGCCUGACCACCGGAGAGUCAUCUGCCAAGGCCAAGUUGAGCAGUGCUGCAAAGGGCGCCAUCUUCAAAGAAGUCGUCUUGGCCAAGGUUCGAGAGAUGAAGGAAAAGGAGAAGUCGGAUCAGCUGGUGGCUGAGGUGACCAAGGAACAUGAGCGUCGGAAGAGCUUCUCUGGACAGAAGUAGAGAGUAUUUACGAUCUAUCUCUAUCUUGGACUCGAAGGGCUCGAACCAACGAUUGAGCGAUCGAGCAGACCCCAGAAUGGACCAAGGGAUGAAUUGAAUUGUCUCCAAAUGACAUGACACUCGCGGAUGCAGCUAGGGCGACGGGCGACGGUUAUAGCCAUGGAGUGAAGGUUCAUGGAAACACACCGUACUCUACGCGUCACACACCAACAAAAAUAACGAUACCCUGCUUCAUGUUUGUUGUACGACUUUCUCGGCGUCCUUUUGCUAUUUGGUUCGGGUUUGCACCACAUACGCGUCGACGUCCACACGAUGAGGCAAAUGGUGACCUUCCUUAUAAGAGCAUGAGCACUGUUGAUCUUGAUAUGAUGUGUCAAUCGAUGAACAGGGCCAUGCUGUGGAUGCGAGGGUGUCGAGUAGGGACUACCUCAGGCUGGGUUCGACUGGGUUUUGCUGUACUGUGCUGAGCUAGACUGUGCUCAUGAUUAGUUCUUCUACUUUUUCCAAGAAUUCAAAUCUUCCAUGGCAAUCCAAGGACAUGGUUUGUCGCGACGUC